CUGAGAAUGAGAGAACGAGCGGGAGAACUGAGAUUUUCGAUGCGUGAUUUUCGUCCCCUCUCGUCGAUUGCGAAAAUAGUGUUGAUUAACAAUUUCGGCACUCCUCCUCUCAUCAAUAUGCUUUUCGACUGAACUGGUAACCACGAACGAACGAAAAUAUGCUUUUCGGCACUGCCCAGUUUAGUAGAACAACAUAUUUUGCUGCCCAGUUCUACUAACAUUGAGAAAAACAGAUUUUUCAAAGUAGUGAGAAAAUAGAAGGAGAUCUAUGCUGCCCAGUUGCUGCGAACCUGAUUUGUAUAAAGAUUUAUUGUAAAAAGCUGCAUUCAGUGUUGCUGCAGUAUUUACGUAAAAAGUAAGAUCCACUUGAUUUCGUUGUUGAGGUAAAUGGAGAAAGAGAAAGAAGAUGCAUCCCGCAUAACAAGUCCUAUCACCAAUCCAUCAACGCAGGACAUAUCAAGACCACUGUAUCCAAAUUACAUGCCAAGUUACUACGGGCCAGUGCCUCAUGCGUGGUUACCACCUUUUGUGCCUCCUCCAAGUGCCAGCCCAUAUCCAUGAAGUAACCAGCAAGACCCAUGGAGCUCUACUGCUGCUGCCACGUCAAGUGCCGCCAUACCAAUGAUGAGACCUCCUCCAACUGCCUACCCAUAUCUAUGGAGCAACCAGCAACACCCAUGGAACACUACCUCUGAUGCCACGUCAAAUAUUGCUGCCUUGAGUAGUUCCGCUGCCGUUUCAAAUACUGCUGCCUUGUAUAGUUCUGCCAUACCAAUGAUGGGACCUCCUCCAACUGCCUACCCAUAUCCAUGGAGCAACCAGCAACACCCAUGGACCUCUACUUCCGCUCCCAUGUCUAGUUCUGCAAGUAGUGUCAGCUCUAGUGUAGCUGCCAGUUCUAGUGUACAAACAUGCGCUAGUGUCGCUGCUAGCUCAUGUUCGGCGUUACCAACAUUUGUUACUCCAACUUUUACCAACACAUAUCCAUGUGGCAGUGAGGAAAAUAAAGUGCAACAAAGUAACUCUAUUGAAGAAAUUAGUGAGGUCACAUUAGACUCGAUAGAAGUUGAAGCGCAAUCUACUGCCUCUUUGGGUAAUACAGUUGAUACAAAUGAGGCUGGCACUGAUGGGGGUGAUAUAACUGAGGAGCCAAAGCCAGGGAUGCGCUUUGAGUCGGAGAAUGAGUUGAUGAAUUACUAUAAACAUUAUGGAAAACGAUAUGGUUUUCCGGUAAUGACACAAAGGAGUAAAAGAGAGAAAGAUGGGACUGUGAAAUAUGUCACUAUGGGAUGUGCUCGGGGUGGGAAAGCACAAAAUAGGGCGUCAAAUGUCUCCAAGCCUCGGCCAACAAGCAAAACAGACUACAAGGCAAGGAUGAAUGUCAUGUUAAAGGAUGGGAAGCUAUGUGUCACAUCUGUAUGUAACACUCACAAUCAUGUGCUCAGUCCAAAAAAAUCCAGAUUUUUCAGAUGCAACAGAGAAGUUAAUGAGUCUGUUAGGAGAGUGUUGGAUACAAAUGAUGAGGCUGGCAUACGGAUAAAUAAGAGUUUCCAUGCUCUUGUCUGAGGCGGGUGGGUUUGAGAAUGUACCAUUUGGAGAAAAAGAUUGUCGUAACUACAUUGACAAGGCACGACACCUGUGCCUUGGUAAAGGUGGUGCUCAAGCGCUGUUUGAGUAUUUUAGAAAGAUGCAAUACAAGAAUGAUAGAUUUUUCAGCCUCAUGGAAUUGGACGAUGAUGAUAGACUAAAAAGUGUGUUUUGGGCAGACGCCCGUAGUAGAGGGGCAUACAACUACUUUAGAGAUGUCGUAACAUUCGAUACCACAUACCUGACAAAUAGAUAUGAAAUGCCAUUUGCACCUUUUGUGGGUGUAAACCAUCAUGGACAGUCAAUCCUUUUGGGUGCAGGCCUUAUUUCAAGUGAGGAUACAGAAUCGUUUGUUUGGUUAUUUAAAGCUUGGCUUGAUUGCAUGGAUGGAAAAGCACCGAAUACUAUUAUUACAGAUCAAGAUCGUGCAAUGAAAAAUGCCAUCGCCAUUGUCUUUCCCAACACACGGCAUAGAUAUUGCUUGUGGCACAUAUUGCGAAAGGUCCCUGAGAAGCUUGGUUCGCAUGGUCAAUACAAAUGUGGCCUGAAAAGUAAGUUGCUAUCUUGUGUAUAUGACUCCCUUACAGUUGAGGAGUUUGAGAAUUCUUGGAAAAGCCUCAAUGAUACUUUCAACUUGCAUGAAAAUGCAUGGUUGCAAAGCUUAUAUGCGGAAAAAGAGUUUUGGGUGCCGGUAUAUUUAAAGAACUCGUUCUGGGCUGGAAUGAGUACAACUCAACACAGUGAGAGCAUGAAUGCUUUCUUCAAUGGCUACGUGCAUGCCAGAACAAACCUUAAAGAGUUUGUUGAUCAGUUCGACAAUGCUCUCAAGAAAAAAGUUGAGAACGAAAACCAAGCUGACUUCAAUUCAUUUAACUUCACCAUUCCUUGCAUAUCACACUUGGCUCUUGAGAAGAAGUUUCAAGAUGUAUACACAAAUGUAAAAUUUAAGGAGGUUCAACAAGAGAUAAUGGGAAUGAUAUACUGUCAUUGUCGUUUCGAGAAAAUGGAUGGAGUAAUCGCAACUUACUCGGUCGAUGAUCAAGUUAAGGCUGAAGAUUUCAUCAAGGAGGUUACGUAUACUCUUUAUUUUAAUGAGGCCGAGUGUGAGGUGAAGUGUGUUUGUGGGUUGUUUGAGAUGCGAGGGAUAAUAUGUAGACAUAUUCUUGCCAUCUUUUCAGCUAAGAAAGUCCGUGAGUUGCCAGAAAAGUACAUAUUAAACCGGUGGAGGAAAGAUAUAAAACGGGCUUAUACUAUUAUUUCGACCAGUUAUGACGCUGUUGAUUAGAGGCCCGAAACUGUUAGGUAUAAACGUAUUUUGAGAACUAUCAAUGAGGUAAUAACAAAUGCAGUUUCGUGCGAUGGGCAUACUGAGGAAAUGAUUUCGAACUUGUAUGCGAUGAAUGAGGUAUGGCGCACAUCGAAGCCCUCCAACAUAGAUUCCAAUGUUGGAGGAAGUACCGUGAAUGCAGUCACGGAAGGAAGUUCCAAAAAGGUGCUAAGUCCCCAUGUUGUCAGAGGCAAGGGAAGACCCCCGUGUAAGAGGAGGAUGUCGACGAUGGAGGAACAAGUGAAGAAAAUUAAAACUAAGGCUGCGAAUAAGAAAAAAGAUAAGGGAAAAAGUAGACUGAGGCGUAGAUUGGAUACCGAACUAUUGGACACCAGUGGAAACCAACUCGGGAUAUCGGGAAUGCCCAUGGCGCAAGAAAAUGUACAAACUCCCAUAAGGCUGGAUCAAGAAAGUGGACAACAAGAUGUGAUAGGGACACAAGAAUGUGUACAAACUCCAGUGAUAGGGACACAAGAAAGUAUGCAACUAGGAAUGGAUGGAACGCAGCCACCCAUGGCAGAUGGAAUGCAGCUAGAGAUGGUAGACUGAACGCAGCCAACCAGCUUGAUGAUCAAGACUUUAUAGAUUCAUUAUGCCUACUUAUGUUGCAAUUAGUGUGGAUGUGGUUUGUAUGCAUUUGUGUGUUAUGACUGAUUUGUAAGAAUUUGCGUGUGGGUGUAUGGUAUGUUGGAGUAUGUUAUGUAUUUGUGGUGCAAGCAUACAUUUUGUAUCGUAUCUUAGUAUUUCAGCCAUGUUUUGCACAAUUUGUAUCCAAGUACGCUAUUUAUGUGGCAGUGAGUUUGUAUCCAAGUACUCAAUUUAUGUUAUUUUGA